AUGAGUACUACCAAUUCAUGCGAUGAGCAUUCGAGACUACUGAGUCAUGAUGAAUCAAACUUAGAAGAAGAAUACCACCAAUAUAAUUUAUCGCUACCAAAGGGGCCAAUUCUCUACUCACUAUGGAUGGGAAGCUUUCUUGGGUCGAUAGAUUCGACUAUUGUUGCUAAUAUCAUGAACAGGGUUGCUGAAGAGUUUGAAGCUUCGGAUAAGAAACAAUGGAUAGUGACAAGUUUCCUUUUAACCAAUACUGCAUUCCAGCCGUUGUAUGGAAAACUUUCGGAUUUAACUGGUAGAAAGACAGCAUUGAUGGUGGCCCACUCGUUUUUCUUGAUUGGGUGUCUGUUUACUGCUUUGUCGAACAGUUUGACGCAAUUUGCUGUAUCUCGGGCUAUUUGCGGGAUGGGAGCUGGUGGGAUCAGUGCGUUAAGCAGUAUUACAGUGAGUGAUAUAUGUACCGCUAAAGAAAGAGGUGUGUACCAGGGGUAUGCCAAUGUUGUUUUUGGGACUGGUUCGCUACUAGGGGGGCCUGUAGGAGGGUUUUUAAUGGAUACGUUUGGAUGGAAAUGUAUAUUUGCGAUUCAAGUGCCAUUGAUCAUGACGUGCAUGUUUCUAGGGUAUCGUAACGUGAACAUCAAGUUGACGCACAUCCCACCUCCUGGAGAACGACUCACUUGGAAGAAUUUGAAGCGGAUUGAUAUUGGUGGGUCCCUUUCCCUUAUUGGGACGAUCUUUGGGGUCCUAUGUUUAGCCUCGACGGACUUGAACAAACCAAUGUUGGCCGUUUUGACCGUGGUAUCUGGUGUAAUUUUUGCCAUGAAUGAGCUAUAUUGGUCUGAGGAGCGCAUUAUUCCAAUCCAUCUAUUAUCCGGUACGUUUGGUAUCACUUCAUUGUUAACCAUUUUCUCCUCAUUCAUUCAGUUUGGUGAUGUUUUCAGGAACCCGGUAUACCUACAAUUAGUCCAAAACAUUUCCCUCACGAGCACUGGUGGCUUUUUACUGUUUUCCAGUAUUGCAGGUGCUACCUCCAGUCUCACUACGGGCUGGAUACUAAGGCAUACAAAACUGCCAUUGGCAAAAUGUUCUUACAUGUUGAUUACAAUCGGGGUUUGCUUGCAUUUUACCUCACUCUCCCUUGGGUAUACUACCAUCUCGCACCUCCAACCCAACCAAACGUCUUAUGCGGAUGCCGUGGACACUCUAAAUGAAGCUGGGAAUCAUUACUGGUUCCAGGCUGGGCAAUUUAGAUGGAGAAUAUUUUAUGUCAUGGCCAUGUUCAUCAAUUCAUGGGGGUACGCUUCUCUACUCGUGUCAACGUUGGUUAGUAUUGUGUUUACUAUUCCUAGAAACCAGCAGGCAACUAUAACAGGAUGCUUCUACUUAUGGAGAUCCAUAGGGACUGUUAUUGGUGCAAGUACUGUGCUAACGAUUUUCGAAACCUCAGUUUCUUCGAAGGUAUACAAGUACUUGCACUCACAAGGUAUGGAUAAAGAAUUCGAUAUCUUGAUUCACGAUACCAGCUACCUUAGAUCGCAUUUCAAGGGAUCUCAAUUAGCACAUCUAUUAGAGCUGUACAAGGAUUCUUUUCUCAUUUCAUAUUUGCCCACACUUACAGCCAGUGUCAUUGCCCUCGUCAUUGCGUUUAGAUUGUUUCUUUCAUUAGAGAGACAUCCACACGACAAGGAUGGACAGUUGUAA